AGAGUGAGAAGUUUAGUUGUUUUUUUUCAAAGGAGAGGGAAAUAAUAAGAUUGGAGAAAACUGUUGCAACCAGGGACCUGUCAUCGUAAGAGUUACUCCACACACGAGCAAAAAAAGACUAGGCUGAGGAGAGAGGAGGGAUAAAAGCAGUAAACCUUGGCUGAGGUGAAGAAAAAAAAAAACAGUUGUGUGGGAACGCAGGGGCGAAGAGAGAGCGACGCAAGUCUGAGGAGUGGAGGAGUGACAAAUCCAAGCAGAGUGAGAGGGGAAAAGAAGAAGAAGAAGAAGGAGAAGAAGAAGAAGAAGAGAGGACUGAUAAAGACUUGGGACAGGAGGGAGAAGAGACACCUGGACAUGGGGCUUUGUGCUGUUCUCCUCAUCUGUCUUUCCCAGGCUGAGCUGGGGAGAGUGUGGGCUCAGGAAUAUGAAGACGCGAUGAGUCGGACUCCUCUGUGGACAGAUGUGGAUCCAUCCGGUUUUCAUAGAACCAGGAGGGACCAGAACCCCCCACACAAAAACAGAGAAGCCCGCAACAUACAGACUGUGGGCGCAGGAAAGGCGGGAGGAGUCGAUACCAGCGUCCUGCCUGAAGACGUGACCCGUAUACUGGAUUCCAAGCGGUACUACAGAUGGCAGAGUUUUGGCCCGACAGACAGACAGACUGCAAACUUGUGGGUGGACCUGGACACCCUGCACAUGAGCCAAGUCCAAAUCCACGGCAUACUGUCCAACGCACACCAAAAAGCAGCGAGGGUGGCGCUUUCUUUCGACUUCCCCUUUUAUGGACACCACGUGAGGCAAAUCAUCGUAGCAACUGGCGGAUUCAUCUUCAUGGGGGAGGUGACUCAUCGCAUGCUGACUGCCACACAGUACGUUGCCCCCCUCAUGGCCAACUUUAACCCCGGCUUCUCUCAAAACUCAACAGUGAGGUACUCGGACAACGGUAAUCUGUUUGUGGUGCAGUGGGAUAAGGUUCGACUAAAGGGUCGAGAGGAUGAAGGAGCUUUUACCUUCCAGGCAGCUCUAAACAGGAAUGGCACCAUUGUUUUCAACUAUAAAGAUAUCCCUGUAUCAGUGGACAGUAUAAAUUCCACCGAGCACCCAGUGAAAGUGGGACUGUCUGAGGCUUUCAUGGAGAAAAACUCGGAGGACGCAAAUCUGCGUACGAUCUACGAGUAUCAUCGCGUGGAGAUUGACCCGGGAAAGAUUGUAAACAGAUCUGCGUUCGAGUUCACUCCUCUACCAACUUGUCACCAGCACACGUCCUGCGAUAUCUGCCAAACAUCCAACUUGACAACUGACUGUGGCUGGUGCAACACCAUUCAAAGAUGCUCCGAUGGGAUCGACCGGCAUAGACAAGAGUGGUUAGAUUAUAACUGCCCUGAAGAGGCUAAAGGCACAUGUGAGGACUACAACCCACCUGAAGGGUCGAUGAGCCCCUUCAACCACUCCUCGCCAGAUCCAACAACCUCUUCAGCAGCUCUUGUAGAUCAGCCCGUCACCAGAGAUUCAGAUUUAGAAACCACCCCACCAAAGAGCAAGGGGAUGACGGAGAACACUGCCAUCAUAGCUGGGGUUGUGGCCGCCCUCGUCCUGCUCGUCGCUCUGACCUUACUGGCUGUCUACUACAUCAACACACACCCUACAACUGCUCCACCGUUCUACCUCAUGCAGCGGCGCCCCAAUAACUACUGGCCCUCUAUGAAGUUCCGCAACCAGGGCUGCCACUCCAGUUACGCUGAGGUCGAGCUUGGGGGUCAUGAAAAGGAAGGAUUCAUUGAAGCUGAGCAGUGCUGCUAAAGACCAUGGACCCGCAGGACUUGGUCAGAAGAUGAAAGGGCACCAACUUGAAGACUAUAAGGGUUCAACAAAGAGGAUGAUCAUGGACAAUCAGGCAGACCUUCAACACUAGAUGCCCCGACUCCAAGCGUGGAGGCUGGACAGUGUUCACUGUAACUGCUCUCAAAGCUCUUGCCAGCUUUCUGUGUGUUUCUUUGCUCUUUGCCAUCACACACAGGAGAGUAGCCAAGUUUUCCAAGUGUCUGAGAGGAAGCCAGCUGUGCAGCAAUGAUGAGAUCCAAAUGUGUAACUGUACAAAACUCCAUCAAUCCAAGGGAACGUCAGGGAACGAAUCGGACUAGCCUUCAUACUGCAAACCAAUGUACAGCUCAACCUAUCUAUGUGUUUUCGUUUGUAUCCCUUCUAUGGUGUUAUUUUGGUUUCAUAAAACCUUCUAUGUGAGCAAUGACUGGUUGAUAAAGUGUCAUACAACGGAUAUCUAGCGGUAUAACUGAUAGUGUGUGUAAUGAUCAUUUUUAACUUGUGUGAAGAAAUACUGUUUGGAUGAAUUUUAGAGACAUCAUAAAGUUGUGAGACCUUUCUUUGAA